AAACAAAAUCUCAUAAUUGCCGUAGCUGACACAUUCGGUCUUUAAUUAUAUAUUAAUCUGAUUUAAUAAUUUAUACAUGCUUGUGAGAAUUAUGCUAUUGUCAAAGAUAUUAACGAUGUUUUCUAAUAAAAGAAAUUCUCGGAAUUAGGGCUGCAUUUUCAAUUAUACUCUAAAGAAAAAAAUAGAUAAUUUUGCCCUUCCUAAACAUGGCGAUCUCUGGCUUCACCGACUGAAUGUUGCUGUAAAUUCAUUCACCUGUUGGAAGUGAAGCCUCCUUGCCAGUAGUAUCUUUAACCUCUGAACCCCCGAGUGUGCCAGUCCUCCGCCAUAUUGACUGUUGUCUUGACUGGAGGAGAUAGAGAACAUUUUGAGGUCCRAGAAGAAACGAAAGUGUGCUCGUAAAAACCAUUGAAACUGGUGCAAACUUGGCCAAAGCGUCCCGCAAACACCACUGUAAUGGCGAGGAAGAAAAGCAAGCAACAAGGGGUCGGCCAGAAGGAGCUUGUGCCUGGACAGCAGACCGCACCGAAGAGCUCUGUCUCUCCCGGCGAUGCAGCUGGCGGUGGCGGCGGAGGAGAUGCUGGGUUGGAUAGGCUGACGAACACCAGGGCGAACCAGCCCAUGCACACCUGCUGCCUGCUGUGCCAUCGAGAAUUCAAGGACUGGGGAGCGGGUUCUGUCAACGGGCUUCCCGCCGGCCACGGGACGAAGCUGGCCGACGCCGUGCCUGCACUCUCCCAGGCCUUAUUGCGGGAGGCGCCGGGUCGAAAGCUGGCUGACGCGGUGCCCUCGCUGUCCCAGUCCCUGCUGGGAGAGGUGCCUCUGUGGAUCUGUCAGAGCUGCUGCAAGAGCGUGGAGGAGGAGGAGAGAAGGAGCACGCAGGAGCAGCCCUCAUCGGUACCAUUGUCACACUCUUCCUCCUGUAAGUCCCAAAGCUGUGGGAACGGUUACCCGGAGCAAAGUACUGUAGACUGGGACCCAAGUUCCUUCCUGUCGGCCCACAAACUGUCAGGUCUCUGGAACUCGGCCCACUCCAAUGGAGGCGAGCACUGCAACCACAACACUUCUUCGCACUCACAAGGUCUGUCAUCACAAGGGCUAACAGCCUGUCACGAAAAACGGGGGCUUCAUGAAGCACCCGGAAAAUCGGCAAAAACCUCAAGUCCCAAAGUCUGUCCCUACAGUCACCCGUCGUCCCAGAAUUCCAGUGGAUCCUCUGCUGGGAACUCCCAGUCUACCUCAGCAGACCUCUGUAAGACCACUCCCAAGCACUUCAAGACCAUGUGCCGUCGWCCAACGCCACCAGGGGAAGCCUUUCAUCCCAGUGACCACCAUCAACAUGCAGACUUGUCGGUACCGCCCAACAGUCCCACCGGUCUCUCCUCCCAGCAUUCCUCCCUCCUGCCCCCAAAGCCAAACUCCGGACAGCACGGCCACGUCACCUCGUCCUGCGGCWCUGGCGUGGCAGCCCAGACUUCUUUCUCCCCGCUGGUACCAAACCUCCACAACACCACAGCCAAACUCAACUCCCCAAGUCCAGACAGCCCGACAUCGGUUCACAAACCCAGUUCAUGCAAAAACUCCCACAUUCCUGCGGUAAACACACAACACGGCAAACUAGGAACGUCUCUAAUGGGCUGUAACCACUCUUGCAACGGACACAACCCGGGAACUGUGGCCGCUUCAAAUGUAGGGCAUCUGACGGCCGGAGCCUGCAGGGAUCAGGCAUGUAAAGGGCACAAAGUGACAAAUGGGACAUUGUGCCACCCGUCGUCUGAGCUGGAAGAAGGUGAGGAUGAAGACAGCAGCUCUGAGAGGAGCUCCUGUGCCUCCUCUUCAACCAAUCAGAAGGACGGGAAAUACUGUGACUGCUGCUACUGCGAGUUCUUUGGACACAAUGCGCCUCCAGCUGCACCAACCAGCAGAAACUAYGCCGAGAUCCGUGAGAAGCUUCGCUCACGCCUAACGCGACGUAAAGAGGAGCUGCCUCAGCGUCAGGAUGCAGAGCUGAACGCAGUCGGUGCCAUUGACAACAGGGACGUGGACGAGCUGCUGGACUUCAUAAACAGCUCRGAGCCUAAACCAGUCAACAGUGCCAAGGCUGCCAAGAGGGCUCGACACAAACAAAAGAAAAAGGAAAAAGCUCAGCAGGUUAACACGGGUCCUGCUGGCAGUGAACCCCAGUCCGGUGCGCCCGAGGAGCCCGUAGACGAGCCCAUCCCCGACGGCCCUGAAACCAGUCGGCUGCUUGACUGGCCUCAGCUGGAACUAGAGCGAGUCAACAGUUUUCUCACAAGUCGACUGGAAGAGAUCAAGAACACCAUCAAAGACUCGAUCCGGGCCUCKUUCAGCAUGUACGACCUCAACCUGGACGUCAAUGACUUUCCCAAGAAGGCAGCUACAUUGGAGGGAAACCACCUGCUGUCGCAUCUCAACGGUUCCUCUGACUUGCAGCAGAUAGACCUGGACCUUUCUCCUCUCUCGCUGGGAAGCUUUAAGAGCCACCUGGACCUGGUUAAUGGAUGGGAGGAC